AUGUCAGCUAUCGAUAACUAUCGAAUCUUAGGCCAUUUGGGUCACGGUACUUAUGGCCAGGUUAAGCGUAAAAUCUAAAUAGUUGCCGAGCAUCUUUCGAGUUCCACAAACGUCGCUAUCAAGGUCCUCAAGAAGCGAGCCAUCCUCGAGAAAAAUAUGGUCUCCAAGGUAAAACGGGAAAUUCAAGUACUCAAGUUGUUCCAUCAUCCUCAUAUAAUCCGACUCUAUGAAGUGAUAGAAACUCCAAAAAGCCUUGUCCUAGUUCUCGAGUAUCUCCCAGGAGGUGAGCUUUACAAUUUGAUAGAUCGGUAUGGGAAACUCCAUGAAGAGCAGGCACGCAACUAUAUUCAGCAGAUCCUUUCUGGACUUGCUUAUUGUCACUCUCACAGAGUGGCCCACAGAGAUAUAAAGCCAGAAAACCUCCUGCUUGAUAUUCAUGGAAACGUUAAAAUAGCUGACUUUGGACUGGCAAACCUGAUGCCUGACGGGAAUUUCUUGAAAACGUCCUGUGGAACACCCAAUUAUGUUGCGCCUGAAGUCAUUUCGGGGUAUCGGUAUUGUGGACCUGAAGCCGAUGUCUGGAGUACUGGCGUUGUCUUGUUUGCCUUGUUGGCAGGGAGUUUGCCGUUUGAUGAUGUGUCUAUCCCUGCGCUGUUCACAAAGAUUAAGAGUGGGAACUUCGUGAUGCCUUAUCAUUUUUCAGAGCCUGUGAAAGACUUGAUUAUGAGGAUGCUGAACCCAGACCCAAUUGCUAGAAUAACUAUACAACAGAUACAAAGCCACCCGUGGCUGACUCAUAAGGUGCCAAAACACCUCAGUUCAAAUGUGUACAUUAAAAGAAAAUAAUCUGUCAGGCAUAUUCAUAUAGGAUUUUUUUAUAUAUAAAUAUGAGUAUUUCAUAUAGAAAAUAGGAUUUAAGCUAAUUUUUAAACAUUUUUAAUUCCUAAUUGCAGCUUAUAAAAUUUCAGAACCACUUAUAGAUGAAGAAAUCCUCCAACAAGCCCUGGUCCUAACUCGCAAACAAGGGAUGGACAAGAAAUUUGCCCGCGACAGAAUUUUGAAGCGAAAAAGUGACAGCAUCGUUGUAUGCUACGAAAUUUUGUUAGACCAAAAGCUAUCAGGUAGUACCUCAAAGUAUAAUAUUACUGCUAAUCAUACCCCUCUAUUUAAACAAGAGCCGUGCGAAGUUUCCACUGCUGAGUUGUCCACGAUCGCAUCGUCAAGGUGCGACUCCUCCGAGAUCGUGCCAGCAGUUGAGGAUCCGAAUAACUGGGCGUUUGGGAUAAAAUCAACCCUUGCACCUUCUCAGUUUUUGUUGAACCUCCAAUUAGCGCUUCGUGAUGCUGGCCUGGAGUGAAAGUCCACAUCAGCCUUUAGUCUGAAUGUCAAGUCAGUUGAUGCUAGGAAAGACCUGAAAAUGCGAGCAGACAUUUACAGGCACGAGGGGUCGUUUGUUGUAGAUUUCAAACUUAGGAAUGGAGUAGUCAUGAUAUUCCUUGACGUUAUCCAGCAAGUCUAUAGUCAGUUGAAAGGGCUUGCUUGCAAAUAA